AUGGAGAUGCCUAUACCGCAUUUGGCUCUGGAUGAAGGCCCAUACGAUGAUCUACUGUCAGACAGCGACAGUGGAGAAGAGGAUCAGGUUGAUGAGACCACAGAGGAAGCCGCGAGAUGGAAGUUCAUCAAGCCACCAGACGUCCAGCUCAACGUGGAUAACACCGACGCUUUUCUCUUAUCCAAAGCAAGACUGGAGACGGCUCGUGUUAUGCAGCGCGUACUGAGUCGUGUAUUUGGAGCCCAAGGCGGGCAUUCAUCUCAAGUGGCAACCGUUGAUGUUUUGAAGUUAUGGUUGGAUCAAAACGUACUCAAUAUCGUUCAGCAGCAUAUCAAUGCCAAUCUGGACGCGAAGGAUUUCAUUUCGGUGCCAGAGCUGUUUGGAUUUAUCGAGGUUGAACUAUGGUUGAGUUUUUAUGGCAUUUCUCCCACUACUUUCUACAGCAAAGACUACAGAGACCUGUAUCCCCCAGCGAAGCAAGCAAUGAGAUCAAGACGCUACCGCUCAAUAUUAAACGCUUUAGGAACGAAAAGUGGGCAGAUCGCCACGUCAGAGGAGUUUUGGAAUGCUCCUUUUGAAGCUGAUCGAAGUUUAUCCCACGCUAUGGAUGCAUUGAGGAGGGUGUGCUCGGAAAUUGGCUUCGUAAGCGAGGUGUCAAUUGCGAGCUUAGAUGAUGACUUGUUGCGACUUCGAUCACGAUCGGUAGAAGAUAUUGGAUUAACACGUGUUCGUAACCCGAAGAAAGGAUUUGGACCCGUUCAUCAUGGUGUUGUCUCCCUCGUUACUGGGCUGUACUUGUCCGGCCACAUUGCUUCACGAGGGGAGACACUUGGAGAAGUAUUGAAACUGAUGAUGAGAUCACUCUGUGGAGUAUCAACCGACAGCCAAAUCGAUCUUUCAGGUGUGCUCUUUGCGCUUGACAGAGGGUAUCAGUCAAAGGCUAUAAACCAGCACAUUAUUGAAUGUGGGGGAAGCGUGAUUGGAACGCACAAACGUGUUCAAGCAUUCCCGUUUACCUAUGGAAAGCCAGCUCAGAAAUCUCAAAAGCUUAUCAAUGAGGUCGGGUCAAUGUCGACAAACUGGGCUUCGUAUAAAUGUGCCGGUCGUGCUGGAUCUGACACUUCUUCGAACCACAUGCACGCGCUAGCUUUCAGAUCUGGGCUAGGAAAAAUAGUUCUCUGCAGCACGUCUGACAAGGAAGCUGGACCUGGAAAGUGGAGCUAUGUUCCAAGAAACCGAAACGACAAAGCCAAUAACGAUAGCGACGCUUUUACUGCUUUUGAGACUCGGGUGAAGCUACUGACAGAGCUCCAACGCACUCCGGAUUGGUUUUUAAUGCGUCAGUUUCGCAUUACGGGCCUAGUGGCUAUUAAACUUCUUCGUUCGAUUGCUCAACAGCCUUGCCAACCCCGUGAUGAAGGUGACGGGCAAGUGGACAUAUACCACGUUCUUGCAGGCAUGAGCACGGUUCAACUCGUGCUUCAAAUAUUGGACUUUCCUGUGGCAGCUGAAGAAGAGCAACGUGAUAACGAUGGCCCUGUGCGACGCCCCCUUACUAGUGAUGAUCUUUUGAACAAAAAGGGCAAUGAGUUGAAGCAAAUGUGUCACGACCGUGGUCUUCCUGCCUAUGGUACUAUCGCUGUGCUGAAAGAACGUCUUAUGGGCCAAAAUACCGCCUCAUCAAGAGCCAAAACACCAGAACAACCUAAAUCUGUAGCUGCUACCCUCCUUCAGACAUGGUUUUUGUCCCCAAAGUCCAGCACUGACAUGAAAAUUGGAACCAAAAACGAAGACAAUAUCUCGACCCAUGUUGCUGCAUUUUUUGCGGCACAUUCUGCGUUGCGCGUCAGGCAAACCAAAUCGUACGGAUUGCUUGCGAAGUAA